AUGGUCACCAGUGACGAGCCGUGGGGGCUCGAGGAGAUCUGCGACAAGAUUCAUGCGCGUGCUUACACGAAGGAGAGAAUCUCACUCGAAGGGCUAAGUGAGAAGAAAAAGCAAACGCUUACGCACGUCUUGCGCAGCCUUCUGUCGGAGCGCGAGGAGGAAGUGCUCGUGCGGGAGCAACUGUUGGCGCGGCACCGCACCUUGGAGCACAAGCUCGAGCAACAGGCACAAUCAUCGCUCGUGAACGAGCAACGACAGCACCGUGCGACACAUGAGCAGCUGCAGCGCACGUCGCGGCAGUUGAACCAGGUCAAGGUUGCGGCGGUGCAACACCGUGCGGCAACGGAACGACGCUCAGAGCGACUCAAGGAGCGCCUGGCUACCGUCACACAGUCCCAGCUCAAGGCGCUGGUCCCGGACAUUCGCAUUGCGAGCCCGGCCUUUGUGGCGCGUGCAAGUGAAUCAGAGUCGAUGUCUAUGGAGGAGUCACAGCGAAAGGAGGCCGAGAAGCGGAAUGCAGCCUUGCUAGAGACGACGCUGGCACUCAAGCAAUUGGCCCUAGAUGCGAUGAUCACACUUAACGAGGCCGUUGUGCGCUUGCGCAAGAUCCUCGACGUGGAACAGGUGCCAGCGCACCGCUCGCUGCGCCGCGUGCGCUCUCGCCCAUCGAUUGGUGAGCUCGAGGUGCACCAGGUUUUCCCCCCGCUGCGUCCGCUGGUGACAGACGAUACGGAAGAUACGCAUCCCGCGCGCAAGACCUUGGCCGAGCUGUCGGCGACAUUGCAGACACAUGUGGCUGAGCUGUCGCAAUGGGCGGCAUGGCGGCAUGCCUCCAGCCAUUCGACCGGCGACGAGCCAGAGGAGAAGCGGCGACGGAUAGGAGAAUCGUAG